AUGCUCCGUCGGGUUUACCCCGCUAUGCAAGCUCCCCAGAGGCUCGGGGCCAUCGUACGUCACUUAGAUCCUCAUCCUCAUCCUCGGCUGUCAACUAUUCCUGUAAACAGUCCCUACACCAUCAAGAGACUUGCCAAUACCGACUCUCCCACACAGUCAAGACGAUUCAGCUCCAGUUCGCAGACUUCAGACAACGACAAAGCAAACAUGUCUUCGCAACCCAACCACCCCGCCUUGCUCGUCCCCGGCCCGAUCGAGUUCGAUGAUGCUGUUCUGCAAUCCAUGAGCCAUUACAGUGAGAGUCAUGUUGGUGCUCCAUUCGUUGCCACAUUCGGAGAGACCCUUUCCAUGCUUCGAAAGCUAUUCCAAACGACCGACCCCUCUUCUCAGCCAUUAGUUAUCUCUGGCUCUGGCACACUUGGAUGGGAUAUCGUAGCAGCAAAUUUGGCAGAGCCAGGCGACGAUGUCUUGGUCCUUCAUACCGGCUACUUUGCCGACUCGUUCGCGGACUGCUUCGAGACUUAUGGAGUCAAGGCCACACAACUCAAGGCCCCUAUUGGAGAGAGACCUCAACUUCCGGAAAUUGAGAAGGCGCUGAAGGAAAAGAAUUAUAAGCUGUUAACUGUAACCCACGUCGACACUUCCACGGGGGUUCUGAGCGAGCUGAAAGCUCUGUCCGAAAUGGUCCACCGAGUUUCUCCAGACACUUUGGUUAUCGUGGAUGGUGUCUGCAGUGUUGGCUCCGAGGAGAUUGAAUUUGACAAAUGGGGACUCGAUGCGGUCAUUACCGCUUCCCAGAAAGCAAUCGGAUGCCCUGCCGGGUUAUCGAUCUCGAUGUACAGUGGCCGUGCUAUCAAUACAUUUCAAGCCAGAAAGACCCCACCUGGAUCUUACUUUGCGUCUUUCAAGAACUGGUUACCAAUCAUGCAAAACUACGAGGCCAAGAAGCCCUCCUACUUUGCGACUCCUUCGCCCCAGCUGAUCCACGCACUUCACACAUCAUUGACCCAGAUACUCUCCAAGCCACUCUCUGAGCGCUUCGCUGCACACCGUGCCGCGUCGCAGAAAGUCAAGAAGGCCGUCACUGACCUUGGCUUGAAGCAACUAGCCUCCAACCCCGCGGAUCAAGCGAAUGGCAUGACGGCCAUCUACCUUCCAGAAAAUGUCAAGGCUCCUGAGCUUUUACCCAAUCUGCUGAAGAAGGGUGUCAUUUUUGCCGGUGGUCUCCAUAAAGAGAUUGCCACCAAGUACAUCCGUGUUGGUCACAUGGGUGUCAGUGUUACUGAUCCUAAGCGCGAUGACGUUGAUCGUGCUAUCAACGCUCUUGGUACUGGAUUAUCUGAUGCUGGAUAUCAAAAGGCUUAG